AUGAAUUGCAGUGAAGAUCCAAGUCGAUUUGGUGAAAAUGAUUUUCGUUCAUCAUUUGCAUUUUGGACAUUAGGUGUUAUAAGUGUUAUAUUAUCAUUUCUUGCAAAUGCUGGUAAUUUAAUUAAUUUAUUUGUUCUUACACGACGUCAUAUGCGUUCAACAAUGACAACACUUUUAGUAACACUUGCAUGGGCUGAUCUUGUACCUCCAACAGUUGUUUCAUUAAAUAAUAUAUUAUUUUAUUAUUUUUUACCACAUAUGAAUAAUUCAUCAACAUUUUUAACAAUACAUAUUAUUACUCGUUCACUUUUUAAUGUUUUAGCAAAUAUAUUUACAACAUUUAGUAAUUGGCUUAUUGUUUUAAUUACAACAUUUCGAUUAAUUGUUGUCAAGAAACCAUUAGUUGCAAAAAAUUAUUGUAAUCGUCGUACAGCUCGUCAUGCUAUUAUAAUUAUUCUUAUUCUUUCAAUAUUUAUCAGUUUUCCAUUAUUUCUUUAUACAAGUAUACGUAUUUAUUGUACAAAUAAUGGUCAAAUAAAAUAUUAUGGUCUUGAAUUAUCAUCAAUAUUACAUAGAAAAUUUUUUUCACAUUUAUUUUAUCCAACAAUGGUUAUUAUAUCAUUACUUAUUCCAUGGUUAAUAUGUUUUCUUAUAUGGUUAUUUUUAAUGCGUGCAUUACAUUCAGCACAAAUACAAUUAACAACAAAAACAAUGAAUACAACAUUUACAAAUGAUCGUAAACAAGAUACAUAUUUUCGUAUAACAUUAAUGAUUGUUUGUGUUUUAUCUGUUUAUAUGGUUUGUCGUAGUGUACAUUUAUUUGAAGUUAUAUAUUUAUUAAUAACACAAUUAUUUAAUUUUCAACAACAAAUUUAUUUUGAACAAAUACGUAUGAAAUUAUUUUGUAUAUCAAAUAUAAUGUUAACUAUAAAUCAUGGUGCAAAUUUUUAUAUUUAUUCAAUAAAUCCAAAAUUUCGUUUAACACUUAAAUUAUAUUUAACAUAUUAUUUUCGUCGUUGUAGAAUAAAACGUCGAGAAACAUUUAUAUUAUUUCAUUUAAGAAGACAAAAUUCAAAUGAUAGUUUAGAUGAUUUAAGUGUACCAUGUCAUCGAAAUCGCUGA